GAUCCGUUUGAGCCGCGACAGCAGCUCUUUGUCUGGGAUUUGCAUCGCGGUGCUGCAAGUCGCUAUACAGUCAACAAUUUGCCGGAUAAUUUACGUAUGAAGCAUUUAUACGAAACUGACCGGACCUCGGGAUUUCUGGUAUGUCGCAGUUCCAUAGCGUUUCAUGUUUAUUCGAUUCGACUUGAGCAUCCCCGGCAACAGGCCCACGUGCAACAACAGCUAUUCAGCCAGCUUAUCGGAAACGGAAUGUACUGGAGUUCGGCACGAGCGAAUUCCACCGAUUCAAUGAUAUUCAUGUACCAGCAUAGUGAGAACCGAAAUUUUCAUGUUGUGCAAAUUUUCGCCGAUAAACCGGCGCGCGAAAUCUCGCUCACCUCACCUGCAUCAGUUCUUCAGUUCUGCGGUCAACCCUGGGUACACGGCCAAUAUAUGUACCUAUUUGAAAGUGCUUCACUGUCGAGUCACAUGGAAAUUCGAUGUAUAACGGGACGCCUGAUUCGAGCCGAUCUGCAUACCGGUCAAUUGGAUAUUGUACGAACAAAAGCUGUCUCGGAUGCAAUCCGCACCAGUAUGCCAUGUGUUCAACGCGAAGAAUGUGACCAGCAGCAGCAGCAGCAGCAACAAGAACAACAACAACAGAUAACGUCUAUCGGGGGUACAUCAGGAGGGAUUAGCCGAGAAAGCUCGAUGAUAAGACGCGUGAAACAUGUGGAGCGUGAAGGAUGGCUGUGGAUUAUUGCCGAAUUUACACUGUUUUCUAACAUUCGGAGGCGCACAGCAGAAACUAGCUGUGAGAUUUGCAUUAUGGAUAUGCGAACACUCACGUGGUAUCGACUGGACUGGCUUCCCAAAUGCACUUUUGAGGAGCUGACGCUGGAUGUUAGCGGUUGUGGAACAGUGGUGAUGCUUCGCAAAAAUAUACUACCAGCACCCAAUCAAGCACAAAUCGGCUCUUUCCUGUUGCUUCCUCGAAAUCCAGAAACACUGCUGCUCCGUAGUUUUCGAGCUCUUAUCAUGCAUUUUCCGGCUGUACGAAAAUUUGAUCAUGAAAAAAUACUGCAGUGCGGGAUUCCAGAUCACUUACUUCUCCCACAUUAA